AUGAACCAGAUCAUGUUUGAUGAAUCAAGCAUGCCAGUUCCCGUUUGCUCGUGCACUGGAGUUCCCCGGCAGUGUUACAAGUGGGGUAACGGGGGUUGGCAAUCUUCUUGUUGCACCACCUCCCUGUCAUUAUACCCUCUACCCCAAAUGCCAAACAAGAGGCAUGCACGGAUGGGAGGCCGGAAAAUGAGUGGGAGCGUCUUCAGCAGAUUACUUACGAGACUGGCAGCAGCCGGGCAAGAUUUGUCAAUUCCUGUUGAUCUGAAAGAGUACUGGGCUAAACAUGGAACAAAUCGCUACAUUACCAUCAAGUAA